AUGCAACAGCCCAAGUCGCAGCCCAAGCCAGCAGCUCAAGUCGCAGCCCAAGUAUUCUUUUACCUGACGUUGCCACUCACGUACUUAUCGCAACGUCAGAACUACUGGACACCGGUGGACUCGCAUGUCCUGCUGGGAGCAGCGUCCACAGCUUUUGUGCCUCAUGUUGACGCUCCAGUAGCUUGUGGGGUUGGUGCAGUUGUCAAUCGAUGUGAUGAGUACGCAUGCCCUACGAACCAGUACAAGAGACACCACAUCCAGCAGCUUCAACUGCCGACAGUUGACCACUUAUAUCCGUCACUUGAGGCAUUAACAGCAGCCGUUGCGUUUAUCCAGAUGCAGAAACAACGGGAGUCAGGACGAGUAUCUGAAUGGGAAAACGCCACGUGCGCAAAGUUGCUUUACUUGCAUCCAGAUGUCCGUGCGUUCUACCACAAGGUUUGGUCGUUGAAUGAAGGUGACAAGCAGGAUGAAGAUGGAGUGCUGCCAAGGAGAAAGAAAAAAGAUCCGGAUGCUGUCAAUCAGAAACCUCGCGUUGAGAACGUCAAUGCGUUGCUGGAUAUCCACAUGGACCGAACUUCGAACGGUACAUGA